CUUCUCCUCGGGGAACAGGAGCUCCCUUGCAUCCCGACCAAAGAUGUCCUGCUACGACCUGUGCCCGCCCAAGGCCGAGCUGUGCCCGCCCCGAGCCAGCGUGGCCGUGCCCCAGCCCAUCGCCGAGAGCUGCAACGAGCUGUGUGCCCGCCAGUGCCCCGACUCCACGGCCUUCAUCCAGCCGCCCCCCGUCGUCGUCACCUUCCCCGGCCCCAUCCUCAGCUCCUUCCCCCAGCAGGCCGUGGUUGGCUCCUCCGGAGCUCCUGCCUUUGGCGGCUCCCUGGGGCUGGGAGGCCUCUACGGCGCCGGCGCCACCCAGGGCUCGGGGGGGCUCUGCACCUUCCCCAGAGCUGCUCCUGCCUGCAGCCCCUGCCUGCUGCCUCGCUACACCAGGAAGCUCUGGGACACCUGCGGGCCCUGCUAGGCUCAGCCCCAGCAGCCUCAGCUCCACGGGCACCUCUCACAUGAGCCCUUCAGCUCCUUCCUCCUCUCCUGCUCCUGCCUCCUGACCGCAGGCUCCACUCGCCUAUGGCUCCUCUGGCCACUCGCUUGUCUCUGCAGCAGCCACAGCCGACACAAGCCUGCAGGAGGAAGAGCUCUCUGCGAGCCUGCAGGCAGGGGCCAGCUGCCUGCCUCUGUCCCACAGCUCUGCCUCCACUGCCCCUCCUCCUGCCCCUGCAAUAAAGCAAUCCUGCAGCCGACCUCUGCCUCUCUCCUUGUCCUUGCCAGGCCCAGCAUGGCCUCAGGGCUCCUUCACCCUGCACUUGGUGCCCACCAGCUGUGCCAAAGCACUGUCUGAGCCUCAGCAGAGCCUGGUUGAGCUGCCUCUGGGGCACCUCACAGCCCUGACACCUGUGCCCACACACUCUUGUGCCCCUCAGCCCCAAGGGCCCUGCCCACAUCUGCUCAGCUGCUCAGCCAGGGCCAGCAGCUGCCACGGCUCGCGGCCCUCUGUGCUUCCUCUGUGCUGCUGAACACCCCCCAGUGAUCCUGAAUGGGAGGCGUCAUCUUCACCUGCUCUACCUCUUUUCCAUUCCCUUUUGCCUUCCUCUUCUUGUCCUGCUCCAUUAUCUUUCAUCUCUUUUCUCAUCCUUCUUCCUCUUCUGCUUCCCUUUAUUUUCUCCCCUUUUUAUCUGCAUUUUUUCCUCCUUCUACCCUUUUCCAUUUCCUCUCAUUUUCAUCUCCACCUUAAUCCUCUCU